CGCAUCUCUCACACUGUUGUUUUGCUGUUCUUUGUUGGUGUGUGUCUUAUAUCGCCGUUCCUAUUAUUGUUCUUAUAUCAAUCCCAAGCAUCAAAAGCUCGAGUAGGUAUACUCUCUCUGUUCAUACGAUCCUUAAAAGCUUCUGUAAUGGUGUGUUUGCACAAUAUUUGCCCUGACACGGGAAGCACAAGUGCAUCUUUCCAAAAGCCAAACUUAUACAAAUAUCUCCAUCGACAAUCAUGCGCGAUAAUAAAAGCUCGGAAAUAUCUAUUCAAUGCCUGCACCGAUCCGACUUAGUCAGCUCCCAGGUACUCGAAAAUCCCAAUGUCAAACGCUCAAAUCUCUCCUGUGAAAUCCAUCCGAUAUUCCAUCAUAAACAUUGGACGCAUACGACUCCAAAACUGUAUGAGAUCCUCCAGCCCGCUCUCCGUUUGGCGUCUUAUUUUCUCACUCAUCAAAGUUGUCUAGAAUACUGGUGCACCGUGUUGCUUGGGAAAGUGGAAUUUAGGGCCGAUGUCAACUGGAAUGUAAUAAUCCCGCCUCCCCUUGACAAAUCUGAUUUCGACACGACGAUUGAGCUGCUAACAGGCGCCGCAGGAAAAAUCAGGCUUGGUUGGUAUCGACAUGAUGAUAUAGAUGCCUUUGCCACCGCGGUCCCGGACACACAAUUGAGUCCUCCGGGCCAGGAAAUUCUUCUUGACAAGAAUUUCCAGAAGUUCGCAGAAAAAGAGUACAAGACGUGCAGCCUGUGCCAUCAGUUACGAUUUCAGUUUUUUAUAGCGCUCAACCUGGCGCAUGAAACGGUACACGCCGUGCGUCAAUUGAUCUAUCCCGGUAUUGAGCCCUACUUUCGAGUCUACGAGCCAGAACCAGAGCUCGGAAGCUCCUGGGAACGGUUUACUUUUGGCAAUAAAAUCCAGCCAAUCAAUCUUAGCUUCGAUUGCGCCGAUGGACUCAUGACUGGCCGAAUUGAGUAUCUUCAAGAGUUGAAGCAGACUUUUGUCGUCUACUCACCGAUUCCAAUGGACUUUAUCGCGAGCUUCUUCCAAGAAGAGACGUGGAGUGCUGCCAAUGCAUACGGUAGGUCUCUAUUCCAGGCUCCGCUGACGCCUCAUUGUUCAGUUACACCUCAUACUUUUGACUGGAAAGGUCGGAGAUUGUGAUCGCCACGGAGAAAGCAACC